UUUUCUUUCCUUAAGUAUGCACGCCUCACUCUCUGAAUCUUGAAUCAGUCUUCCUUAACGUCUCAUUUUAUAUGAUCAUUAACAAAUAUUAAUAUCUUUUUCGGAAUGAAUCUUCGAAAAUUCCUAUUUCGUGUAACAAUCUAUAUGUAUCACCAUUAUUAACUCAUUGCACAAGUUUAAUUUUGUUUAUUUUGAUUGAAAGACCUUCGCUUUUUAUGUUUUUGGUUCCUGGGUCGUUGGAAAGAUUGUGUUUUUUUAUUUCGGUGAAGAAUGGGGAAGACGACAGUUGUGGUGGCUUGCGCGGCGGCAGUGGCCGUUGGGUUGGGGGCAGCAGUGGUGGUGCGGCGGAGGACGAAGAGGGAUGGUAACUGGGGGAAAGCAAUGGGGAUGUUGAAGGAGUUGGAAGAGAAGUGUGCGACGCCUGUGGCUAAAUUGAAGCAAGUGGCGGAUGCUAUGACUGUGGAGAUGCAUGCUGGGCUUGCCUCUCAAGGUGGCAGUAAGCUCCAGAUGAUUAUCAGCGUUGUGGACUCUCUCCCAACUGGGAACGAGGAGGGGGUAUAUUAUGCAUUGGACCUUGGGGGAACCAAUUUCCGUGUGUUGAGAGUGCAAUUGGGAGGCAAGGGUGUUCGUCUAGUUAGCCAAGAAUUUACCGAGGUGUCAAUUCCUCCUAAUCUGAUGACUGGAACUUCAGUUGCUCUUUUUGACUAUAUAGCAGCAGAGCUUGCAAAAUUUGUUGCUCAAGAAGGUCCAGAAUAUAAACUUCCUCCUGGUAGACAAAGGGAGCUAGGUUUUACCUUCUCUUUCCCAGUGAUGCAAACAUCAAUCACUUCUGGAAUUAUAGAUAGGUGGACAAAAGGAUUCUCUAUAGAUGAUGCGGUUGGACAAGAUGUGGUGGCAAAAUUGUCAGAAGCUAUGCGAAAACAAGGCCUUGAUAUGCGUGUGUCAGCUCUUGUGAAUGACACAGUUGGAACAUUAGCUGGAGGAAGGUAUGAAGAUCCUGAUGUUGUUGCUGCUGUCAUUUUAGGCACUGGUACAAAUGCAGCAUACGUGGAGCGUGCACAAGCAAUUCCAAAAUGGCACGGUUCAUCUAGAUCUGGAGAUAUGGUUAUCAACAUGGAGUGGGGUAACUUUUGGUCAUCACACUUUCCACUAUCAGAGUAUGAUCACGCACUGGAUGCUGAGAGUUUGAACCCUGGUGACCAGAUUUUUGAGAAAAUGAUGUCCGGUAUGUAUUUGGGGGAGAUUGUACGCAAAGUUUUAUUGAGGAUGGCUGAAGAAGCUGCAAUUUUCGGUGUCAGUGUUCCACCAAAACUUAAAGAGCCUUUUGUAUUGAGGACGCCUGAUAUGUCAGCUAUACAUCAUGACACUUCCUCUGAUCUUAAAGUUGUGGAUAAAAAAUUGAAGGAGGUUUUAGAGGUAUCUAAUACUUCCUUGAAAGUGAGAAAAAUUAUAGUUGAUGUUUGCAACAUUAUUGCCAUACGUGGGGCUCGUCUUGCAGCUGCUGGGAUCUUGGGUGUCCUGAAGAAAAUUGGCAGAGAUACAUUGAAGGAUGGGAGUAAACAGAGGACAGUGAUAGCCAUGGAUGGCGGAUUGUAUGAACACUACAGUGUCUUCAGCAAAUGCUUGGAGACUACCCUAGAGGAAUUGUUCGGUGAGGAAGUAUUUAAAAACAUUGUCAUCAAGCACUCUAAUGACGGCUCAGGCAUUGGGGCUGCCCUUCUUGCCGCAUCACACUCCAAGUACCUUGAAUAUUAGUCGUUCCAAAUUUGUCUGCAUUCUCGUCUAAUUUUUUGAACCUCUGCUUCUCAUUGUUCAUGUUUCCAUUUCUGAAUUCUGUAUAGGAGACUGUUGCCAUGAAUUUUAGAUUCAUGGCUUCCGGAGUUUGUUAUAUAUGUGGAUUGAACUUUUUACAAGCAGGACUUUGAAGCAGCCAUGCUUUUAUGCUGCAACCUGCCAUUCUUGUGAUGAACUUAAUAAAUUGGAAAAUCAAAGUUUUUGUUUUUGGUAUA